UUGAGUGCAGAGCGCAAGCAUGGACAUCUAUAAAAAACAAUACGCGCAAGAGGGAGGAGACGCAGUUAAGGGAGUAAUACAUGCAAGCACUCCGGGUAAAAAGUCCAGUUUAGAUGUUUUAUAUUCCCCUCUUACUGUAACCGUGUCGCGACACCAUCCACGCAGAGGGAACUGAAUACACAAGUGGCGCGCGCGCACACACCCACUGCAAUGACAAGGAAUACAUCUGCUCUGCGUCUACGGAAGACUCCUGAAGGAACUGCAUUUUCGCUUGAAUGUAUCCGAGGAAUCUCUGGACGAGGAUUACAAAAUGAUAUGUAAUUUAAAGCGCCUAUAACAGAUCCUUUCUUCAUCUCCUCUCCUUUAUGUCGGGGUUUGCCUCCAGUAUUCAUUGUGCCCAAUGAGAAGAAUUAAGCUAUCCGUUCAUUCAGUUCCACUCAAAAGGAGGGAGGAAAAAGAAACAGAGGGAGAUGAGAGCAGCAAAUCCCUUUUUUAUUCAUCUUGUAGCGUUCAAUAAGUGAACAAUGUGUCGCCUAUCAGUCACCGAGGGGAUCAGGUCUACGAGACUGUCCCACACGCUCAGUGCUGUGAGCAGAGCAUCACUAACACACAGACUGUAAGAGCAGCAGCAGCAGCAGCAGCGGCGGCACUGGCAUUGGAAUCCCAUCCAGGACCCUUUCUGUGACUUCUACGCCGAUUUUAUGAAUAAACUUUGAUCCACGCUGUCAGUCGCACUGGAAUGUGGAGUGAUAUCAUGCGGGUCCUCGCGUUGCUCCUCGCAGUCAAAGCGGCAUGUGUCCUCCUGGUCUCCUCUCUCACUGGAACAGUGGCGGUGAACAACAGCGGCCGGUGGUGGGGUAUUGUGAAUGUGGCAUCCUCAGGCAAUCUCCUCACCAACUCCAAGAAUGUGCAGUUGGUGUUGGACCCCAGCCUGGCAUUGCUAAGUCGUCGUCAGAGAAAACUGAUCCGGCAAAACCCAGGCAUUUUGCAUGCCAUUGCAGCAGGCUUGCAUACAGCCAUCAAGGAAUGCAAAUGGCAGUUUCGUAACCGCCGCUGGAACUGUCCAACCACCCACAGCCCCAACGUCUUUGGCAAAAUUGUCAACCGAGGUUGCCGUGAGACUGCAUUUGUGUUUGCCAUCACAAGUGCCGGUGUUACUCACGCCGUGGCUCGUUCUUGCUCUGAGGGAGCCAUUGAGUCCUGCACCUGCGACUACCGGCGCCGGGGUCCUGGAGGGCCAGACUGGCACUGGGGAGGCUGCAGCGACAAUGUGGAAUUUGGCAGGAUGUUCGGGCGAGAGUUUGUAGAUUCCAGUGAGAGGGGUAGAGAUCUUCGGUAUCUGACCAACCUGCACAACAAUGAAGCAGGGAGAAUGACAGUCGCAUCGGAGAUGCAACAAGAGUGCAAGUGUCAUGGGAUGUCUGGGUCCUGCACUGUGCGAACAUGCUGGAUGAGACUACCCAGCUUCCGUGUAGUGGGAGACUUCCUGAAGGACCGUUUCGACGGUGCAUCCCGAGUCGUGUACGCCAACAAAGGCAGCAACCGUGCAUCCCACCGAGCUGACCCCCGCCACCUGGAACCAGAGAACCCAGCACAUAAGCUCCCUUCGACCCGGGACCUCGUGUAUUUUGAAAAGUCACCCAACUUCUGUUCCUACAAUGGCAAAACAGGCACACAUGGCACUUCGGGACGUACCUGCAACAGUUCAUCGCCGGCACUGGAUGGGUGCGAGCUGCUGUGCUGUGGACGGGGAUACAAAACUCGAAUGGAGCAGGUCACAGAAAGAUGCCACUGUACUUUCCACUGGUGUUGUCAUGUGAGCUGCCUCAACUGCACCAGUACACAGACUGUCCAUCAGUGUCUAUGAUCAACAAACAGAACAAACUGGAGGCAAAGAACCCAAACUGGGUAUUGAAACUGUGGCCACUGGGGUAUCUGGAGGUUAUAUAGGAAUGAAUAAACAUGUUAAGCAUAAAAACUGGAGAAAAGAGAUAAGAUAGCACAAUUAAAAGGGACUAAAGAUUUUGUUGGCUGAAUAGGCAAGUAUAUUCAAUGUAUUAACUACUGAGAAAAGUUCAAAAGUACAUGUGCAGGACUCUUGGCUGAUGGCAGUCCUUGAAAAACAUGAUAGUUUUGUGAUGUAGGGCUUCAAAUCACACAAAAUAGGUUGAGAACCACUAUGCACAAUUCACAUGUAGACAGUUUAAAAUUCAGCAUGCUGAAGCACUAGUCCUGGGGCUUGAGUUUGUCUUCUCUUCUCCUGAUCGCCAUCUCUGGUGCUCUGGAAGCUAGAAAGUAGUAACUGGACACAGUUUGACAGAUGUUCCUGUGGUUAGCGAACCACAAGCAUGCUCUCUCAUAAACCAGUGCAAAACUCUAACAAGAGGGCGGUUCUUUAAAAUAUUUUAGCGUUUUGUUUUCUUUAGCUGCAGUCCUACUCGUCUCACAUAAAACUGUGUGAAGUGCUUCUCAAGGGAUGGGGCUUCCUUUUCCGAUUACUAUGUAGCGGAAUCCCGAACUCGGCCCAACCUCUCGUGAUUUCCCAUUCGGACCUGCCACACUUCCCGUCAUUGCUUUGAGUCUCCUGCCAUUUUUUUAUACCAUUUAUGAUUAUGUGGUACACCAUGUUAUUGUACUGAUGGAAAAUUAUUGGGAAAAGAAAAUUAAGAUUGACCCUAGAUUGACUCGUCAAUUCGGCUAUUUUUUUGUCGGAAGUUGUCUACAUCGAUUACGCACAAGUUCAUACUAGUUAUAAAAAAAAAAGUGUGUAAAGAUAAUCCUGUAAAUGCCCUGCUACCUAGUUUACAGUGGGCAAACAGUUCACAUUUAUGUUUUUGAAAGAGCCACAAUUAUGGAAAUUGUAUUUUGUAUAUCAGCUAACAAAACCAAAAUGUUGUAAAUAUUAUAAAUAGAUAUGAUCUAUAUAUUUAUGCUGCAACUUGCAAUGUGAGAAAAUGAUUUAAUCUGAAAGUGGGGUGAAUACAAUAUCAUUAUUCCAGCCAGUUGUGUGCUAAUUUAUGCGAUGAUAGGCCACAUAUAUCUCAGAGACAUGAUUACUUUGUCAAAUGCCUGAUUUGCUUGUCUCUAGACACUUGUGUUUUACAUGCACUGAACAUCAUCUUUUAAUAUUGUGAAUGAAAAGUAUUUAUUAUUGUAUGAUGGCUUUUUUAGAGAAGAAAUGCUGAUAAAAGGAAAUAUUUAGCUCAGUUUAGAAGAGUUGUUUUCAUAUAGAGUGAUAGCACAAUAAAGUUUAUAUUUUCAUUA